AUGUCUGAGGCAUCCAGCGCCGAGAAAGGCCAUCUGCAUCACGAUGGCGGCAUUCGCACUGUUGGCGGUGCUGCGCCCCGAGAGGACAACGACCUAGCCGCGCUCGGUUACAAGCAAGAGCUCAAUCGAAAUCGAUCUGUAUACACGAUCCUGUUUCAGGUCCUGGCCAUCACCGCGGUGCCAUUUGGUGAAGGUACUGCUCUGACCAGUGCCAUUAUUGGCGGAGGUCAGCUUGCGUACUUCGUUGGUUGGAUUGUUGUUGUGAUACUCGACCAGUGCGUCGCGGUCUCGUUGAGCGAGAUCGCGUCGAAAUUUCCGACCUCUUCUGGUCCAUACUACUGGACGUAUCAGCUUCUUCCGGAAGGCCGCGCUCGCACCAUCGCUUCAUUCAUCACCGGCUGGGUAUGGCUUAUCGGUAAUCUGACCAUCUGUCUCAGUGUCAAUUUCGGCACAGCAUCACUUCUCGCAGGUACAGCAACCAUCUACCAUCCUGACUGGUUUGCCUCGGAUUGGCAGCUACUGCUCAUUUUCUACGCAGUCUGUAUCGCAACGUUCCUUGUGUGUGCGUUUGGCAAUCGUGUUCUGCCCUACGUGGAUACAGUUGCCUCUGUCUGGAAUGGCUUAACGAUCCUCAUCGUCUGCAUCGCAUUAUCUGUUGUCGCCGACGCGGGACGCCAUAGUGCUGGGUACGCUCUCGCAAACUACGACAAAAGCUUCUCCGGCUGGGGCAACUUCACAUUUUUCAUAGGCCUGCUGCCAGCUGCAUACACCUUUGCCGCAAUAGGUAUGAUUACAUCCAUGGCAGAAGAAGUUGCAGAUCCAUCCAAGGACGUCCCGAACGCGCUCAGCUUGGUCGUGCCGAUCUCAGGGAUCGCUGGCUUGUUCUUCAUCCUGCCAAUCUGUUUCACAAUGCCGCCUCUGGAAGACGUCCUCAACGCGCCAGCCGCGCAAGCCAUGCCGUAUAUUUUCCACACAGUAAUGGGGACGCCCGGUGGUGGCCUCGCGCUGAUGUUCUUCCUGCUUGGCGUCGCUGUGUUCUGCUGCAUCAGUAUCACCACCGCUGCGUCAAGAACGACUUGGGCAAUGGCACGAGACCAAGCAAUUCCGCUCUCGAGCAUGCUGCUUGGCUUGAUCAACUUGGGCAGUACAAGCGCAUUCACGGCAUUCGCAUCCUGUGGUGUCAUCGCGCUCGCGGCGGCAUACGCAAUUCCGAUCGGAAUCAGCUUGUUCGGCGGCAGGAAAGCGGUGUCGACCGCGCGAUGGCGAUGUCCAGCUCUGAUUGGGUAUGUGGUCAAUGUCGUGUCAGUAGGCUGGAUUGGGUUUCAGCUCGUGCUGUUCAGCAUGCCGGCUGCGCUACCUGUGACAGUCGUCUCGAUGAACUACGCUUCGGUGGUCUUCGUGGGCUUCAUGUUCAUCAGUUUACUUUACUACGUCGCAUACGGCCGGCGAGUGUAUCACGGUCCACCAGCUAGCGAUGGGUUAUGA